AUGAAGGCGAUUCCGCAUGAUGAUAUGGUGAAAUUGCUGAAACUUUGUUCGGAAUGGCGCCAUAACCCAAAUUUGGUGAUGCAAUUUGGCAACGUGGAAGCUGAGAUUGAAUUCUUCGCUUCCCUCGUCAAAGCUGACGGUUGGCUGAAAGGAGAUCACAUUGAUUUGGGCUUGUAUCUCAUCCGGAAGCGACAACAACAGUUGGAGGAAGUAGAAAUAUCGGAUUGGACAACGACCGAUGUAUUUUUUAUGAAUCACAUCCAUACUUGCUUUGCGGAUAAUAAAAGGAAAAAAGAGCAAGUUGGGUGGAAAAUUAGAACCAGUUUAGUGAACGUUGUAAAUGGCAAGGUUCCGGCUUGUGGAUUGGAUUGGCAGAACACGUAUAAGGUGUAUGUACCUUGUAUGUUGCAAAAUAUAAGCAUUGGGGUGGCUCUAGAGAUUGAUCGAUUCAGUGUGAAAUCAAAGUCUACGAUUCAAUGGUUUCACUCAUUCCAGAUCAGAGCUUAA